AUGGGUCAACUGCGGAUAACUGGUAGAAAAUGUUGUUAUUUUGUGAUAUAUACAAUGCAAUGGACCAAUAUUCAAAACAUUUAUUACGAUAGUGAAUUUUGGAACACUAAAAUGGUUGAAAAAUUAAAAAUGUUUUACUUAGAAUGUUUGCUUGCGGAAAUAGCUGAUCCGCUUUACGGAAAGAGAAUGCAAAUUGAAGACAUCAGAGAACCAGCUCAUAUAACAAAAGCAAAAAAUUUGCAAAAGCAAAAAAUUGCAGCAAAACGACAAGCGGUUUAA